AUGACACAACCGCAUAAGACCAUUGCCGUCGUCAAUGCGACAGGCCGGCAAGCUGCAUCUUUGAUUCGAGUCGCGUCAGCUGUAGGAUACAGUGUUCGCGCCCAGAUCCAUUCCCUCAAAGGCCUUAUCGCAGAUGAGCUACGAAGCUUACCCAAUGUGACCCUGCUGCAGGGCCCAUUGUUGGGCAAUGUUCAGUUGAUGGACGCCCUCUUUCAAGGCGCAUCCCUGGCAUUCAUCAAUACCACAUCUCAGUCCGGCGACGAAGUGGCUAUCGGCCGUGCCCUGGCUGAUGCUGCCAAACGAGCCGGUUCCAUCACACACUACAUCUACAGCAGUAUGCCGGAUCAUUCCGUCCAUGGCCCCUGGCCUGCAGUUCCGCAAUGGGCCCCAAAGUUCACCGUCGAGAACUAUGUGCGCCAGCUAAGUCUCCCGGCGACUUUUGUCUACGCCGGUAUCUACAACAACAACUUCACCAGUCUUCCAUACCCACUGUUCCAGAUGGAGGUUCUUGAAGAUGGCUCAUUUGAAUGGCAUGCGCCAUUCGAUUCAGAAACCCCCUUACCCUGGUUAGACGCCGAGCACGACGUGGGGCCUACACUUCUCCAGAUCUUUAAAGAUGGACCGAAGAAGUGGCACGGGCAUCGAAUCGCGCUCACCUUUGAAACUCUUUCUCCCAAUCAAGUGUGCGCCGCGUUCGAGCGAGCACUUGGUCGGCCCUGUCGUUACGUGCGUGUGCCCAAAAUCGAGAUCAAAGUCAACGUGCCUGCCGGAUACCGGGAACAGCUUGAAGCGUUAGAGGUCCUCUUCGGCGACUAUAACGCUCCUUACUUCCCACAACCUGAGUUUUCACAACCGGCCGCAGGUUCGCCUAAGGGUAUUGGCCCGGCAGGUGGAAAGGGUGCCGGUGCCGGUAUGAUGCAGGGGCCUGGUGGAGUGGUCUCGCUACGCGUGACUGAUGAGGCCCGGCAUCUGUGGCAGGGUUGGCGGGAUAUGGAGGAGUAUGCGCGGGAAGUAUUCCCUGUGGAAGAGGAAGCCAAUGGACUGGAUUGGAUGCUUUGA